AUGGCAAAGAGUAAGGAUGACAUAAAACAUGGAACAGCACAGGCAAAGCUAUCAGAAGAUGAAACGUUAAGGAUGGCAUACAAGCAUGGCACCCCACUGGAAGGAGGAAAGAUUGCAGAUUCUGAACCUGUUGAUCUCUUCUCGAGUGCUCAUAAUAUUGCUAACAAGGCCACCUAUACGACUCCAGCAGAAGUAUCCAACUCCGAUGAUCAGCCUCAGCCUCAGCGUGACGAUCCUGAUGGUGCUGGAAGAAAAGCUCACAGGACUCCUACAUCCUCCCAUGCCAAAAACAAAAACAAAAAGAAGAUGAGAUCUUCAAAACAAACAGCAACAGCAGCAGAGAACAACAGAGGCAUCAGCGGUCACAUGUUCACUCUCCAUCAACGUCUCUAUCAUGCUCUCAACCUCGGUACCAGAUAUGCUGAAGGAAAAGAGCGGAAAUGGAAGUGUGCUGAUAUUGAAAUCCAACGACAUGUCGUCCGCUCGAUUUCUUCCUUUCUUGAUUCUGCUUCGCCAGACACCUUACAUCAUCCUCUUGUUAAGGAUUCAGUGGCCGAUAUAGUUUGGGCAUUGGUAUGGAUUCUUCAGAAUAAAAGUGAGUCUGUAUUGAGUAUAGCAGUAAAUGUGGUAGUAAAGUUGAUCCGCAUUAUACCCAAUUCAAUACUGCAACCGUAUUCAAUGUAUCUGGUUCAUCCUCUAGCUUCCUUGCUAUCUUCCCGUCGAUUGGAAGUCUCAAUUGCCUGUGCAACUGCUUUGAAUAUGAUUCUCUCGAAUCUGAGUGCAACCAGGGAGAAAAGUGUUUGGAAGAUUCUGAGUGAAACGAAAACUGUUUUUCUUAUUGUUACUGGUAUACGGGAAUUUGCUGGUGGUACUAUGUCUACUGAAUAUUUCAAAGAGAUGGCUUCUCUUUUGAGCACAAUACUGCAAAAGUGGUCUGCUUCUCGAUUUUCUGUUUCGAAUGAUGCUAAAUUAAUGGAAGUUCUUGAGGCUAUGCACGAAAGUACUGAUGUUUCUGUUAAGGUUGCACUUUUGAAGUUAUAUUCAGGGAUAGCUCUAUGUGGUAAUGGGGCCAUGAAGCUUCUUCAAAAUGGGGAAGCCGUUCUCCAAAUGAUGGUUCUCUGCAUGGUCAGAUCCCGCCCUCUUUCUCUUCAGAUGGAAGGAUUUAGACUUGCCCAACGCUUAGCGACAAAUAAACAGGGAUGUUUAAAAAUGAUGAGCUUAUGUUGCGAGCCUAUUGUUAAAGCUAUAAUUGAUGGAAUGACUGGAUGGACCUCAAGCUCGGGGAAGAUUGCAAAUGACCAGAUGUCUUUGUUAGUCGAAGCUUGUCGUUUGGCUCUUAUAAUUCGCUGGGAUGGGGAACAUCAUGAUUAUUUUUGGAAGAAAGGAAUUGACAGGGUCCUACUUGAUCUUCUUCUUGAAAAUUUUCAGAAUAGACAAUCUCUACACCUCUUGACAUUUGAAGAACAGAUAUCUAAAGCACAGGAGGCUCUCAAAGCAGAUUUUCUUCUUGUUUUGAGGCCAUAUGUGUGGGAUAUUCUUGGAUGGCUGGCAAUAUACUGUAGGGAAGAUUUCAACCCCAACAUUCAUGGUCAUGAACUUCUCGUUGAUAUGCUUAUUAGAUGUGCAUGCUUAACUUUUGCGGAUUCAGUUCGUAAAGGAUGCCAAAUUUGUCAAACUGAUCUGGCUGAUACAUUCAGAAGUGAAUCGGCAUCAAGGGCAGUUCUUAUGAUGAUUUAUUCUCCCUGCAAAUACAUUGCAUCAAAAACGAGGUCUAUGCUGUCUGAAAUUCUAAAGCCAACCAGCAAGGAAUAUUUGAAACACUCAUUGCGCAUCCUCAAUUUUACAUCAACGAGGGAUAAUUUUGGAAUACCAGAUAUGCUUCAAACUGGCAUCAACUUGGUGGCUUUGACAUGUUGUGCUUGUUUGCCAUGGUAUCGAAGUUACAUUGUUAAAAGUGGAGGAGUAAUGACACUAAUGGCUUUUAUAAGGUGGUGCAUAAGCAAUGAUGUCCAUAUAGGAAGGCUGAGCUUUGCUCCUCAUUUGCAUAAUAUAUUCAGUCAGAGGCCUUGUUGCUGGGUGUGCAAGGAAGACUGGGAAGGCAAUGACAUACUUUUAUUGUAUGGUUUGUGGGGGCUAGCUGAGUUGCUACACUAUGGAUCUAUAAGUAAAAAUCUUGACAUUUUUGCUGGUGAGGUGGAAUAUACUGAAGCUCAGUUUGUUAGAAUGCUCCAGGAGAUUUGCAUUGACAGCUCUGCUCUUGGGCUGAAAUGGAUUGCUGCAUACAUUCUAAGUUACUUUGGAUUUUAUGGUUUUCCUUGUAAACUUGGAAGGCGUAUAGGGAAGGCACUUAAUGAGAAUGAAUUUGCUGACAUGCGACUUAUUCUUGCAAAUGGGGACACUAUGAGUGUUCAUGGUGUCAUUCUUGCUAUUCGAUGUCCAUCAUUGCUGCCUCCUGAAGAAUUAUCUCAUGUUGAGAAAGCAUCUGAUGGUUCUUCUGAAAGGUGUGAUGUAAAGAAGCAGUGUGGAAAGUUCCAGAAAGAUGUUCGUUUAUCUUCACAUGUUGACAAUCAGGCACUGGCCAAGUUGUUGGAAUUUGUUUACUUAGGAUACCUGCAUGCUCAGGAUGAACACGUAAAGAAAUUGAAGAUUCUUGCUAAACAUUGUAAUUUACAACCUCUAUCAACAAUGCUUGGCAGAAGACGUCCAAAGUGGGGCACUCUUUUCCCCAUCUAUGAUCUUACCCCUGCUCUUGCUCCAACUGGUCAUCACUUUUCGGACAUCGUCUUGAAGCCAAAAGAAGCUGAAUCAAUCAGCUGGAAAUGCAGCACGUGCUCCCUAUCAUUUCCACACAUGCAUGCUCACAAAGUUGUAUUGUCACCUAGUUGUGAUUAUUUGCGGGCUUUGUUUCAAUCAGGCAUGCGAGAUAGUCGUUCCGGAGCCAUAGAGGUGCCUGUUAGUUGGGAGGCAAUGAUCAAGCUAGUGAGCUGGUUCUACACUGAUGAGUUGCCCAAACCUCCCUCUGGUUGUUUAUGGGAUAAUAUGAAUGAUGGGGAAAAGCUACAUCAGCUGCAACAAUAUCUGGAGCUUUGCUGGCUAGCUGAAUUCUGGUUUUUGGAAGAUGUUCAGGAUAACAGCUACAAAGUGAUUGUAUCUUGUCUGGAUUCGGCCAGACACCUGUCUAUUAAAAUAAUCAAAAUUGCUUCAGAAUUCUCUCUUUGGAAAUUGGCUGAAGUUGCUGCAAAUUACCUUGCCCCUUUCUAUCGUCAACUAUGCCACUCUGGUGAUCUUGAAGCGCUGAAUGAAGAGCUAGUUGAUAUGAUUCGUGAUGCUUCUGUUCGGCUUUCUCAAGAAGGGUAG